AUGCCGAUCCAUAAUAGCUCCCCAAGGGCUUUAUUCAAGUCUUUGCCACUAUUAUCACGCCAUCGCGUCGCUUGGAAACCCUCAAUUACUGAUCUCUCGAGAAAAUUCACAACUCGCAAACGAACACGUCAGUAUCCAGAAUCUACUCUGAGGAAACCCAGACGGGUACCUCUGACGCCAGAGCAGCUGGAUUAUCUUUCUGCAGCGAUUCGUGUGAACCAAACAGGAGAAUUAGGCGCCGUCCUAAUAUACGCCGCCCAGACUCCCAUUCUGGUGAACCAACAUCCAGAGCUGCGACAGCUCAUGCAGCACAUGUAUGAUCAAGAAGCUGGUCAUCAAAGCACCUUCAACAAUCUGCUAACUAAACAUCGAAUCCGCCCAACUGUUAUGUAUCCUUUGUGGCAGGUCCUUGCAACUGGGCUUGGAUGGGCAACGGCAAUGAUGGGAAAGGAAGCUGCUAUGGCAUGCACUGAAGCUGUCGAGACUGAGAUUGGUACUCAUUACAAUGAACAAGUCCAAGAGGUGAUCAAAAUUAUACAGGGCUGGGAGCAAGAAGGCUACGACACGGGACCUGAGAUUCUUGAAUUACUUCAGACGCUGCGUCGUAUUCGGGACGAGGAGCUAGAGCAUCUGGACCAUGCGGUUGACCAUGACUCGAAGAAAGCGCCACUGCAUGACUUACUGACCGGCUUUGUCCGAGCGUCGUGUAGAGGAGCAAUUCUUGUAAGCAAGUGGAUUUAA